GUUCUUAAAACCGUUGCGUCCUAAUGGCAGUUUGAACAGACAAAAGUAAGCUGAGGACUAGGUCAACUGAAGCUUACCGCCAAACGAAAAACCAAAUUUUAUUUCUUAAGUGAAGAUAUAAAAUAAGUGAGACUGGAGCCUCCAAAUCCCAAUCGACCUCCCAUCCAGCUGAUGGACAUUUGGGAGGUUCACUUGGAUGAAAGUACAGAUCGAAAAUUCUACAUUAAUACGAUCACAAAGGAGAAAACCUGGAAACCGCCAAGGCUAUUUGUGGGCAUGCGAGACAUAAAGGUUGGACCUACAUCACAACCAAAAGCAAAUGUCCAGCAAACACCCACCACGGAGCAUUUUCCCUCCUCAUCCCAGGCUAGUCCUUCGGCAGUACAGCGGAGAGUGAAAAGUGGAGCUGCUAACUGUGAUCGUCUCAGCCAGACAAAGUCAAUGGUUCUCACUGACUCCAGCCCACUCAAACCACCGGUGUCUCGUCAUAGACGAAACCACUCUCAGCACAAUCUUACUGAGAUUACUGGACUGGUGGAUCAGUCUUGUUUACAACCAAUGGAGAAAAAUGGAUUCCUCAAUAAGGCAAAGAUUACAGAGGGAGGCAAAAAACUGAGGAAAAACUGGACCACUUCUUGGGUUUGCCUCGAGGGAAACAAAAUUGAAUUCUACAAAGAACGCAAGCAACAAACUUUUGCCAGUUUGAAAACAGGCUGUAAACCAGAGAACGUGGACCUAUGUGGUGCUCAGAUUGACUGGGCAAAAGACAAAUCCAGCAGAAAGAAUGUGCUUCAGCUCACUACCAUCUCAGGGAAUGAAUUUCUUCUCCAUUCAGAUGAUGAUAGUAUACAUGACUGGUACCAGGCCAUCAAACACGUGAUUGACAAAUUGGGAACUUCCACAUCAGCAAUCAGCAUCUGGAAAAGCUCAAGCAGUGAAGAACUGAGUAGGAAUGAGGGUGAAAACAACAGCAAAUCCAAUCCAAAAGAAGCAAAGCCUGAACACAGAAAAUCAAUAAUACUACGACUGAACCAUAGCUCAUCAGACACCUCUGAGAAGAAAAGAGUUAAGAGCAGACUAAAAAAAUUCAUAUCAAGGCGACCUUCACUGAAAACGUUACAAGAGAAAGGACUUAUUAAAGAUCAAGUAUUCGGCUGCCACUUGGCUACUUUGUGCAAGCGCGAAGGAACCACAGUUCCAAGAUUUGUGAAGCUUUGCAUUGAGGCUGUGGAAAAAAGAGGUUUGGAAGCUGAUGGCAUUUACAGAGUAAGCGGCAAUCUGGCUACAAUACAGAAAUUACGAUUUGUAGUGGAUCAUGAAGAGAAGCUGAAUUUGGAUGACAGCCAGUGGGAGGACAUCCACGUCGUCACCGGAGCACUAAAGAUGUUUUUCAGAGAGCUGCCUGAGCCACUUUUUCCAUACAGUUUUUUUGAUCAAUUUGUAGAUGCCAUAACAUGCUGUUUUCAAUUCUUUGAAAGUAAACAUUUGGAAUGA